AAAGCAAACUACAACCCAAGGAAACUUGAAAUGGAUCUAGUCAAUGAUGUGGAAGACAGAGAGCUACUCCACUCUCAUGCUCACAUAGUGAACCAUAUAUUCAAUUUCAUAAAUUCUAUGUCUCUCAAGUGUGCUGUUCAACUAGGCAUACCGGAUGUAGUCAACAAGCAUGGCCGGCCCAUGACCCUGUCCGAGCUUAUUGCUGCUCUUUCGAUCAAGCCUUCCAGAGCCCAAUCUGUCUUCCAGCUCAUGCGCAUGUUGGUGCACUCUGGCUUCUUCCUCAAGCAAAACGUUCUACAAAAUGACGAGGAAGAAGAGGGUUACUUGCUCGCCCCAGUUUCUCGGCUUCUUCUCAAGGACGAUCCUCUCAGUCUCACUCCAUUUUUGCUAGCCAUGCUAGACCCCAUCGUAACGAAUCCGUGGCAUCAUUUGAGUGAAUGGUUCCAAAGUGAUGAUCCAACGGCGUUUGCCACGGCGCACGGGAGGACAAUCUGGGAGCAUUUAGGAGACGAACCAAAGUUUAACCUUCUCUUCAACGAAGCAAUGGCUAGUGAUGCCGGCGGCACUGGUGCUAUGGCCAAGUCCAUUGCCGAAGCUUUUCCGCACUUGAAGUGCUCGGUGUUGGAUCUUCCUCGGGUCGUUGCUGGAUUGCAAGGAAGCAAGAAUUUGGAAUAUGUUGCGGGUGAUAUGUUUGAGGCAAUUCCUCGUGCUGAUGCAGUUUUAUUGAAGUGGGUAUUGCAUAGCUGGAACGACGAACAGAAUGUGAAAGUUCUGAAGCGAUGCAAAGAAGCAAUUCCCAGUAAAGACAGAGGAGGGAAGGUGAUUAUCAUCGAAAUGGUUGUGGAAAACCAGAAAGGAGAACAUAAGUCCUUGGAAACACAACUCCUUUUCGACAUGCUCAUGAUGAUUAUAUGUACAGGCAGAGAGCGAACUGAGAAAGAAUGGGCAAAGCUCUUCUUUGAGGCUGGUUUUAGUGACUAUAAGAUCACUCCUAUUCUAGGUUUAAGGUGUUUUAUUGAGGUUUAUCCUUGA